AUGGACAAGUUCAACAAUGGGGCAGCGCCCCUGAAUUCAUCGGGAGACAUUGACUCCUUCAUCCCGAGCUGCGCGGCUCAGUGCUUCAACUCAUUCCUUAACGUCAGCUAUGCAGACCACCCAGCGAGAACAUUGGCAGCGCUUUGCCCACGCAUCGGAGCAUAUGGAUUCACAAUCGGAGAGGCGGCUGUCCAGUGUCUUGCUGUUGAGAGGGCGGCAGGGGCUUGUUCUAAGCAGGUGGCAAGCGACGCGGUGAUUGACAAAGCCUUCUUCAUGUGCUAUGGCCAGCCUGGUGCCGUCCUGCCUACUCACUCUGUCAUCACAGCUACCCUAGCUGUGCCGCUGUUUGGCACGGGACCAAUUACGUUUCCGCCGGAGACGAAGACGAAGACGAGCCACGGGACUUCGAUCCCUACGGCGAUUGCAAGCCAGACGCUAUCGUCCGUCUCUCUUCCAACGACUCUCGUUACAGAUCCCACGUCAUUCUCUAGCAGCUCUAGACCUUCCAGGACUGGAUCCACGAGGGGACCUACUAUUAAACCUACGACUAAAUCAUCGUCAACUUCGGUCAAGUCAUCGACGUCGUCUCCUGCUGAGAUUCUCACGACCGAUCCUGUGGCCCCAACAUUCACUGAGACUAGCACGCUCGCAACCGAGACCAGUACUACCACGGAUGUUCCCGAUGGAGUACUUGGUGGACAAGGAGAAAAGAAGGCGUCAGCGUCUCUCAGCACUGGACAAGUAGCCGGAAUUGCAAUUGGAUGUAUCGCCGGUGUAGGAUUCAUCGGGUUUGGCAUUGCGGUUUUCUGCAGAUGCCUCCGCAAGAGGAGGUCUCAAUUCGGGAGAAAGAUGAGAAAAGGAGGACGACCCCUGAGGGAUUCGUGGAAUUCUAGUGCAGAAAAGGGUCCUCGCGGUGGUGGAGGCACAGACUCUUGGAUCGCGAACCAGCUUCGGGCGCCCCUCGAUCCAGGCCCUAUGCCCGGUCCGACAAAGUCGUGGUAUAACAGAGCGAGCUGGAGGCCCAGUGCAAUUGGGUUGGCAAUAUCGCCUGCCAACACAAGAGACGUGACUCGCGCAACGACACCGACUUCCGCCAGGCCUUUGUCCAAGCUACUUCCAGCCAAACCUGUUAUGAAUCAGGGACCGCCGAGAUUAGAGGUAUCACUGCCCAGUCGAGAUGGAGAUUCCCAUUUCGGUGCUGCGGUAAUAAUGGGAGCGGCGGCGGCCGGUGCAGCAUCAGGGGCGAUAAUGAGCGGAGCAGUCGCCGCGUCGUCAUCACCAAAGCCUGCGGCUCAACCCAAGAUGCAACCUAUAACGAAGCCCGUGGCACGACCUGCAAUGCGUCAACCAGUAAUGCCCGAGCCAUCCAUUCGACCGCGAAAUCUCACCCCUCCAGGCAAGCCUCAGUCGCCUUCGCCGUUGAAGCUCAUCAUCCCCAAGACAGGAAACUUUAGGCCGUUUGUCCCCGUCGUUACUAGACACGAUAGCUCAACCACGGAGUUUGAAGAAGAUGGCCGGUCGUCACUUUCACCAGGUGGCCAGAUUUGGAGACCACCUUCGGCUGACCCGCACAAGGCGGCCCCUUACUAUGUUGCGGAUAGGAGUGGUAACUGGAGGCUUGGCGACCCGGCACGAGCUCAAGAGAUUGCAGAGCUUGAGGCAUCCAUCAGCCCAUUGACUGCCGCCCCCAAGUCUGCGGCGCCCAAGUUGGUCGCUGGUCUGGGACUGGCUACUGGUGCUGCUGGUGCUCUGGCACUUGUAAAAGCCGCAAGCCAGCGAAGGGAUAACAGGGCAGGCGAGGCAUCUAGAGCUGCUGAAGAAACCAGACAGGGUGCCCUAGGCAUCACCAUGCCACCCGAGCAGACCAUCAGAGCCGUCGAGCCGUCGCUUUCUUCAGACGAGGAGAUCCAGGAGCAGGACCUGCAGCCUUAUGCCCCUCGGCCCCUUUUCUCCGGCAAUGGCAAUGGCAACAACUUACCCCGUCGUUCGUUAACUAAUCGCCGGUCUUCGACGCGAUCAUUGACUCGUCCACGAAUCACGUCUACUGAUAGUGGCAUAACGACUAUUUCGACCUCUACGGAUGACACUGAUCUGAGAUCCCCUCCCCCGUUGGAGCAGCCAAGUAAUCUCUCGCCCGUGGUUGAGUCCCCGCGGUCUCUACGGCCAAGAAGGGGUCAGUCACCAACUCAAUACCCCAAGAUUCCAGCUAGCCUGGGUGCCGUGAUGCCUUACCCAGGGAACUUGAACUCUGACGUGGCCGCUGCCAAAGGCGUAACCGUUGCCGCGGGAUAUGCUAAGCCUGCUGCCCCGGGUGAUCGUCCUGCGCAGCCAAGCCCGAGCUUUGGGCGACCACUUGCCGCCGGCACCAUGUCUUCGGAUGGCAACAUGCCAAAGAACCAAGGGAAGAAGUUUAUGGGACCUCGCGCUAUGGAAUCUCCCGGCGCCAUCAGAACCGGCUCCCCCAUGAUGCGGGGAGAAGGUUCGGCGUUUAAGCCGGACGAGAGAUACUACCAGGGGGCGCGCAAUCAAGCACCGCAGCAAGCUGGUCCAGCAUCCCAGCCAGGCUCCUCCUCUUCACGGCCUUAUCCCCCUCAGCAACAGCAGCAGCAGCAGCAACAAUAUCCUGCGCAAACUUACCAAAGGCCGCCGUCUAACAACAACAACUCCAUCCCCUAUCGCCUCCCUCCCCACCCAACCGCCUACAGGCCCAACAUCGACUCUUCCGGCUACCCGUAUCAAACUCGCCUCCCAGAGUACGGCCAGGGCCCUUCGACGUACAAUCUUCCCCAUCCUCCCCAACCAAAUAGAUACCCGCAUCACCACCCCCGCAACCAUCAGCCCCCCUUUGUCCAGCAGCAGCAGCAGCAGCAGCAGCCCGCCGCCCGGCCAGUUUCGCUGCACCUACAGCAGCUCCAGCAGAUACAGCAAAGGCAGCAACAGCCAGCCCAGCGACCUCAACAACCGCAGCCUCAACCUCAACAACCGCAACAAAGGCGACAGCAGCCACAAAACCUCCAACCCCUCGCCCCAUCAUACUACCCAGACGCCCUCCCCCCGGCCGCGCCCCUCACCGGCAACUCCGUAGCGACAACCACGAGCGCCCACUCCGCCGACUCCCAGGCCUCGUCCCUCCUCGCCAAACGCCUCGGCACCUCCCGCGCCGCCAACAUGGCCAUCCCCGUGCCCCAGCCCGGCGGCGCCUCUUCCUCCGCCCAGAGCAAGUGGCUCCGCCAGGGCCAAGGCGCUGUCGCCGGGCUCUCCUCCCCGAGGAUGCCGCCCCCGCCCCAGGAGCCCACCGAGUUGCCCGCAACGCCGGUGUGGAAGCCUCGGCUGACUCCUACCCGGCGCGGAGAUGACUUGUUCUUGAUUGCUCAGUGA